GAAAGACGCGGGAAUAUGGCGGACAGUUGGUUGGGUCCCUCUCCCUCUCCGGUUCUUGUCAAUGUUGUCAUCACUCCCACUCUCCCCCAAUUCCCUCUCAGAUCUCAUUCCACCAUGUCUAUCCUCCGCUCCCAAAACCCUAACCACCUCCGCUGCUCCUCCUCCCCCGCCAUCCCCAGCCCUAGCCCUCCCCCGCCCUCCUUGCUCGUCUUCUCAGGCGGGACCGCCUUCAACGGCGUCGUUGAGGAGCUCAAGAGUUUCACCACUCGCGUCGCCCACGUCCUUCCUGUUUCCGACGACGGCGGAAGCACGGCCGAGAUUGUUCGCGUCCUCGGCGGUCCCGCUGUUGGAGAUAUACGGUCGAGAUGCUUGAGAUUGGCUGAUAAGAGCACUUCCGAGGCGGUGGCCGUCCGCAGAUUGCUUGGCCACCGGUUGCCGCUCGAUUCGCGGCAGGCCAAAUCGGAAUGGUAUGAUAUUGUGGAAGGAGAACAUUCUCUAUGGACGGGAGUAUCGAAACCAUACAGGGAAACCAUUCGAGCAUUUCUGGCUUAUUUUCAGAAUCAAAUUCUCCGGCGAUCAGAUGAAUCAUUUUGCUUCGGUAACGGCAGCAUUGGGAAUUUCUUCUUUGCAGGAGCACGUACAUUUUUUCAGUCCUUAGAUGCUGCAAUUUUUUUGUUUUCUCGUGUGUCAGAUAUCCCCUCAGAAAGUCUUGUCCUCCCCGUGAUUUCUACCAACGACAGGCUUACAUUAGGAUGUGAAUUAUGGGAUGGAACUAUAAUACGAGGCCAGAAUGAAAUUUCUCAUCCAACCAAGGGACAUACGGAACCUGUCAAUAAGGGAAGCUCUUCAUUUCCAGCACUUCCUUCGAGAAUAAAACGGGUAUUCUACAUGUCAAGUGAGGGCCAAAACUUGCUGCAUGAGGUCUUCCCUGCUGCAAACCCAGCCGUCCUGGAUCAGUUGCGUAAUGUGGACUGCGUAGUUUAUGCCAUGGGAUCCCUGUUUACUUCUAUUUGCCCAUCACUGGUGUUGAUUGGCAUUGGGGAGAUUAUAUCGUCAAAGUCCUGCCCCAAGGUGCUUUUGUUAAAUGGUACCCGUGAUCGAGAGACAAGUGGUUUUUCAGCUUCUUGCUUUGUAACCGCUAUUACAGAUGCACUAAAUCGAACAUAUGGAAAUCCUCAUAAGAGUCUCGAAAGCCUUCCUAAUCAAUACAUCAAUACUCUAUUAGUUCCCAAAGGUGGUGAGGUUCCUGUAGAUGUUCAACGCUUGGCUGCCCAAGGAAUCUUUAAUGUGAUUGUUGUCGAUUCCAUACGUGAUCCAAAAGCUGGUGUAGUCUUCGACCCAAAGUCGUUGAUACAAGCGCUUGCUGGUGUGAUAGGCAGAUACGCGAGUACAAAUCUUACAUUAGUCCAAUGACCGUGCUCAAUGGAGCAAGCAUAGUAAUUUUCACAUGGCUAUUGAUUUCUGGUCACUAGUUUCAUUUUUCAUAGAGGAAUACUUUCCCGUGUACUCCGACCGUUAGGCGAUCCUCGUUGCACCGAUAUACGAGGGAAGUUGGUAGUGUUACAAUGACCCCUCUCACAAGAUGUUUUCUGAUGUACAUAAUUGACUUAGAUUAUUCAUGAACUGAAAAUUUUCGGUAUGCUUGGGACACUUGAUUAUGUAUUGAAUGAUUUGUGUAUAUACGGUUCUUGUACGCAAAUAUCGCUGUAGUUUAAUGCGAAAUUAGCCAUC